AUGGACGUGGAAACCGAAAACCCCCUCAAACCAACCGACCAGAGCGCCCAAGAUGCCAACGAUCUCGCCGAAUUCGGGCACGAGCAGACCCUCGCCCGCAAGUUCAAUAUUUGGAGCAUGCUCGCGCUGGCUUUCUGUGUCCUUGGAACAUGGUCAACAUUCGCACAGGAUCUUUCCGAUGGCUUGAUCAACGGUGGCCCUGUCUCGAUCCUUUGGGGUCUAUGCCUCGUUACUUUCUGCAACACCUGCGUUGCACUCUCGCUAGGCGAGAUCUGCAGCAGCAUGCCUACUGCCCUGGGACAGGCGUAUUGGGUCUAUCGCUUGUGGGACUCGCGGCUGGGGCGAUUCAUCUCGUACAUGUGUGCUUGGAUUAAUGUGUUCGGGUGGUGGACUCUGGCCGCCUCUCAGGUGGCAUUCAUGACCAACUUUCUACUCGGGAUGAAGGUCAUGUUCAAUCCAAAUUGGACUGGUGCCUCUACUGGAUGGCUUGAAUUUGUCGUCUAUGUUGGAUGUGUCUUUGUUCUGACAUUGAUCAAUGUGGUUGGCUGUCGUAGGGAGAAGUUCUUACCCUGGCUGAACAAUUUUGUCGGAGUAUGGUUUUUCGGGCUUUUCUUCGUCUUCUGCCUUGCCCUGCUCAUUUCUGUGGGCACCAAAGAUGGUCUGUCGUACCAGCCUGCCACCUUCACUUUUGGCAAAUGGAUUAAUCAGACGGGAUGGCCAGACGGUGUCGUCUGGUUUAUUGGUCUCGUCCAAGCCGCCUACGGUCUGACUGCCUUUGACGCCGUGAUCCACCUGGUGGAGGAAAUUCCCGCACCGCGCAAGAAUGCUCCGAAAGUUAUCUAUCUUGCUGUAAUUUCCGGUGCAAUCAGCGGUUUCAUCUUGAUGAUGGUCUGCCUUUUAUGCAUCCAGAAAAUCAAGACAGUCAUUGACUCACCAAGUGGUCUGCCAUUCAUGGAACUCGUCCAAGAGACAGUAGGCCAAACCGGUGGAGCAGUGUUGAUCGCUCUAUUCAUCAUGAACGGUCUCGGUCAAGGAAUCAGUAUAGUGACCACGGCCUCCCGCCUGACCUGGGGCUUUGCUCGAGACGGCGGACUUCCAUUUAGUACAUAUCUUUCGGAAGUCAGCCCAACAUGGAAAGCUCCAGUUAGAGCACUAUGGUUCCAAGGUUCAAUAAUUGCCCUGGUCGGAGUGCUAUUCUUGUUCGCCGAAACCGUUUUGAAUGCUAUCCUCAGUGUCAGCACCAUCGCCUUGACUAUUUCAUACGGUCUGCCUAUUAUGACAGUACUCCUGAUGGGCCGUGACAAACUUCCACCUGGUGGUCAAUUUCACCUUGGCAGGUUCGGAACGCCUGCCAACUGGGUCAGUCUCGUGUACUGCUGCGUGACGACCAUCUUCUUUUUCUUCCCGAGUGCCCCUAACCCCUCUGGUGGUGAUAUGAACUACGCUAUCGGCGUUUUUGGUGUGAUGCUCGUCAUUGCCGUCUCCUUCUGGUUCAUCCAGGGUAGUCGCACCUAUCUCAAUACCGAGGAGUCGACCCCUCAUGUUAUCCAGGCUCAUGCUGUUGCGAAUGAACCUGCGCCACCUGAGCCCAAGAAGGAAGAUCGAUGA